CCGCCAUUUAAUCUCCCAAACUCGUGGCUCUUUUUUAAUUCACCUCGUUUCCAAUUUGCUCACAUCGGCAAACCCUAAUUUUUAAUCGGAGUAAUUCUCCUCCACCACCACCAUCACUCUCUCGCUCUAUAUCUCUCCGCAUCAAUCUACCGUUCUCUCGAUCUUCCGCACUUUCUCCGGCGACAUGUCUCAGGUGGAUAACAGAAAUCCUUCAAACGCCAAGCGUGCUAGAACAGAUGGUGGUCGUAGGGAAGAUGACUGGACUUGCCCUGUCUGUAGCAAUGUCAAUUUUUCUUUCAGAACAACGUGCAACAUGCGCAAUUGUACGCAGCCCAGACCAGCUGAUCACAAUGCGAAACCCGCUUUAAGGCCAAUGCAGCCUCCUCAGCCUUACUCUUCCAAUCCUCCAUACGGAGGAUCCGGACCUCCACCUGCAUCAAUGUAUAUGGGAAUGCCUCAUUAUGGUUCUUCAGUUUUUAAUGGAUCAUCGAUUCCCCCUUAUGAAGUCCCAUAUUCUGGGGGAUCAGCAUACCAUUAUAAUUAUGGAAACCGCAUCUCUGGAGGCAGCCCCUACCGACCAAUGCCUUUGUCUGGACCGCCACCAUAUUCUGGUGGAUCCAUGAUGGGAAAUGGUGGAAUGUACGGUGUGCCUCCACCAAUGAUGGACCGUUAUGGCAUGCCCAUGCCGCCUAUGCCUCCACCUGCUAUGGGCCCAAGACCAGGAUUUUUCCCAGAUGACAAAUCCCAGAAAAAAGAUGAGACACGAGACAAUGACUGGAAAUGCCCUAAAUGUGGAAAUGUGAAUUUCUCUUUUAGAACAGUUUGCAAUAUGAGGAAGUGCAGCACACCAAAGCCUGGUGCUCAGGCUCCAAAACCAGAGAAAAAUCCAAAGCAAAAGAUGCCUGAUGGUAGCUGGAAGUGUGAAAAAUGUGGCAACAUAAACUACCCAUUCAGGACUAAGUGCAAUAGGCAGAAUUGUGGAGCUGAUAAGCCAGCCGAGGAAAAUAAAUCGCCUUCUCCAGUAGCUGAUGGAAAUGAGCAGUGAGUACUAGGACAUGUCUGGUUAUUGGGAAGGUCCAGAGUUGUCGUCCAGCAUGCUCAGUAUCGGUGUCUGAAAGUCAGUCAUGUCGUCGUCUUCAUAUUGCAGCGGAUCUGUGUCGAGUUAUUUGUAUUAUCUGUUGUGAAGUCUUUUGUGGAUCCCUUUUAUUCUGUCCAGCUAAGUCUGGCAAAGUUUUACCUGAUUAAUAUUGUUAUUAUGAGAUGAGUUUACUCAUCUCGAGGUUAUGUCAACAUGCAACAGAGUUUUUACAAUCAGUGGAAAAUUAGUCUGUAUUUUAAGUAAAAUUUGAGUUUAAUAUGCAGCUUAUGGUCCGGUCCUCGGAUGUCCGGGGUUUUCUCGGUCACUUAA